AUGUAUUCGCUACCUUCACUAUUUUUAACACUUUUGCUGAUUGGUUUUAUUCAAGCAGACUGGUUUGAUGAUAUUGUAAGUGGUAUACAUGGUCAAAUAACUUCGGGUGCAGAUUAUCUUAAAGAUAAAGCUGCACCAGCAGUCCGUAAUACCUUUAACAAUGCCAAAGAUAAGCUGAAAGAUCCAAAAACUCAUCAACGUGUUCGAGAUUGGCUCAGACAUGAAGCUUUGCCGGCAAUAAAAGCAAAAGUUGAUGCUGUGGUUGCAUUUUUGAAACGAGAAGUGAUACCAGAAUUGCAGGAUAUCAAACGUGCAUACGAUAUUGCAGCCAAAAGUGAUAAUAAAAAGUCAAGAUCAUAA